ACGAUAUAUAACUCUCUUCCAAUCUGCACUAUCGCAUUUCAAAGUACCCCUUACCACCACCACCCCAUUUUCUGUCUUGGGCUACCACUCGGCCUCCUUUAAGCCGACCACACACCAUUCACACCAUCUCGACCCUAAUUGCUAGGAUAAGGCUAAAUUGCCUCACCUUGUCUCCCACCUUUUACGAACCUCAUCAGGACAUACUCCAGUUGCAAACCGAAUCGUGAAUAGAAUUGCAAUUCGAGCUGUUACAACAGUUGCGACGCAAAGCGACAGCGCCGCAAUGGGAGACCAUCGUGAGACCAACAACACCAAUGGCCAUACCAAUGGUUAUACCAAUGGUAAUGGCCGCACGAAUGGAUAUACCAACGGUCGAACCAAUGGCCGUGUGAAUGGCUACACCAAUGGUAAUACCAAUGGCAAUACCAAUGGCAAUACCAACGGCAACACUGCCACUAUCACAACCACAACCCCCAUACGUAACACUACCACCACCACCAGCCAUGGCCUUUGGCAACCUGAAUGGUUCAUCGGUAGUAUCGACCAGGGUACGACGUCAUCUCGAUUCCUAAUCUUUAAUCGCCAUAUGGAUCCAGUCGCCAGUCAUCAGAUGGAGUUUGAAAAUCUUUAUCCAGAAUCGGGAUGGCAUGAACAUGACGCCCUUGAAUUGCUUAGCUCUGUCGAGACCUGUAUCGAGCGGGCAAUGGAACAAUUUACCUUCCGGGGUUAUUCCAAGUCCCAGGUCAAAGCGGUAGGUAUCACGAACCAACGAGAAACCACAGUAUGUUGGGACAAGUACACCGGCGAGCCCCUAUGCAAUGCUGUCGUAUGGCCCGACACUCGAACCAAGGAUAUUGUUCGGGACUUGAAGAAUUACCCAGGCGCCCAUUCCAUCCCUGAACUAUGCGGUCUACCUCUAAGCACCUAUCCUUCCAGUGUAAAGCUCGUCUGGCUGCUGCAAAAUAACCUGACCGUAAGACAUGCAUACGAAGAAAACCGUCUCGCAUUCGGUACCGUAGAUAGUUGGUUGAUAUACCGUCUGAACGGUAUAGAAAAGAAUAUUCACGUCACCGACACCACGAAUGCGAGUAGGACCAUGUUCAUGAACCUGCAUACCCUCCAGUACGAUGAUAGGCUGCUCAACUUCUUCGGUAUUGACCAGAACAAGGCCGCCUUACCCAAGAUUGUGCCCUCAUCUGACCCCGAAGCCUUUGGGACAAUUGCCAAAGGUGCUCUUGCUGGUGUGAAAAUCGCAGGCUGCUUGGGCGAUCAGUCCAGCGCUCUUGUCGGCCAGUGUGGAUUCAAGCCAGGCCAAGCCAAGAACACUUAUGGUACUGGCUGCUUCUUGCUAUACAAUGUGGGUAGCAAGCCGGUGCUCUCUAAGUAUGGUUUGCUAGCCACCGUCGCAUUCGACUUCGGUAAGGGCCAAGAACCCGUAUAUGCCUUGGAGGGUAGUAUAGCAGUGGGCGGCUCCGGCGUCAAGUUCUUGAUGCACAACCUCGGAUUCAUCCGUGAUUCUACCAAGGUUGGUGAGUUAGCAGAAAGUGUCAAGGACAACGGUGGGGUUGUAUUCGUCACUGCCUUUAGUGGUCUAUUUGCACCAUAUUGGAUUGACGACGCGAAGGGAACACUCUUUGGUAUAACACAACAUACUCAAAGAGGCCAUAUCGCCCGCGCAACUCUUGAAGCAACUUGCUUCCAGACGCGUGCUAUUCUAGAAGCCAUGGAGAAGGACUCUGGUCACAGACUCAAUUCCCUCGCCGUGGACGGCGGUAUGUCAAAUUCGGACCUGACGAUGCAAACCCAGGCCGAUAUUAGCGGCAUCCGGGUGGAGCGCCCGGCAAUGCGCGAGACAACGGCCCUGGGCGCUGCUAUCGCCGCAGGGCUCGCAGUUAAAGGAUGCUGGACCGGCUUCGACGAGCUGGUAGAGCUCACACGCAAGAAGCACGGUCGCAGAGUCUUUGACCCUCAUGUCGACCGUAAAAAGGCCCAGCGCAUGUAUCAACACUGGGAGAGGGCGGUUGAAAUGAGCCGCGGAUGGGUCCGAGACGAAUGGAAUGAGGACGAUGUCGAAUCGUCAAGGCCUGAUAUAUUAAGGCAACCGACGUUGUAAACUCCAACUGGGGAAGUGGAUGCCACUCUUUAAUAAACUC